AAAGUAAUACUAACUCAAUAAAGGUCCAGAACUCAAAGGCGAUCAAGAACGAAAACUAACUUAGCCCACUUUAUCAUAGAGUGUCUUGGCCAGAACAAUCAAAAGUCAGUAAAAUGUAAAAAGAUAAUCUUGAGAUAAAACAAUCUCUCAAACACAAAUGAGCGUGAUCAAGGACCAAUGCAAAGAAUCAAGAAAGCAGGUUGGAGGAAGAAUAAUCAACAGAAGGCCAAAAUCACCACGAAGCAGGAAGAGACAUACAUAACGAACGAUAAGCACAACCACCAGCUAAGAGGUAAGAAGCACCUCACAAACUAAACAAGCACAAACAAGACGCCUAUGCCGGUGAAGAACCACAAAUCUCGGGAUAGAAGGGACCAAAGCUCCAAGAGACUAAUACCGCACACUUAUACUAAGGGGAGCAAAGGAAGAAGAGAACAACAUGAGUGAGGGAGAACGAAAGCCAACCCCGAGAAACAUGAGCCCAGACUUGAGACCAGAAACAAUCUUCCAAAUCUACAGAGCAUACUCGGAGGAGAACAUUAUCCAAACCUGGAGUGGAAAACCUGGCGAAAGAGAGAGUCACAGAGACGCAAGCAACGAUGAAAGCUGCAACGAGAUGAGGGAACAUAAAUGGAAGGGUAGACAAAACAAAAUCACCGUGGAGCCGUCCUCGAGCUAUAGAAGUCAAAUCAUCAAAAACCAUAUCUUAAAAACCAAGACGACAAGGGAGUAUCAACGGUAAGCUAACGACGAGUAAAACAACUUUAAAGACGACUAAACUCUGACCCAACCCAAAGAGAUGCAGUUCAUAACAUCAGCUAAAAUCUAAGGAAGAAGAGGAAAAUCUUAUAUUGAAUGGAGCAGCCUAAAACAACGCUAGAAACAACCGCACAACUGGGAACUUCUAAACCCGAUUUACAACAAAUACCAGAAAUCUCAAGGUGAAGAAGGCGAUAAAGAACAAUAGCAUGAGGUGAGUCUUUUUCGGUGAUGAUGAGAAACACCGCAUACCAGAAAAGUAAACAAAAUACAUAGAUGUUGAAGGCUCAAUAUCAAAAUAUGGGAAAAAGACAAAAACAUCUUGAAAGUUAUAAUGUUCAAAAAUAUGAAAAAAAUAAAAAAUAAUUUUGAUGCUGAAACCGUUAAUCUUAGAAUCAACAAAUGCAUAAAUGCAAAUUUAAGUUAUUGAAAUUCAAUAUAUUUUUACAUUAGAUGCUCGUUUCACUACUAUAAUGAAAAAAAUGCAUUAUUGAAAAAACAAAGACAAAAUAUAUUAACAUAUCACUAUUACUACUAAAUAACACAAUAAAAACUUCUUAACAAAUAAAAGUGAUCAUCUAAUUACAUUAUCCAAAAAAUUAUACUUUUAACAACAAUAAAACAAUAUUCCGCGCGAACACCCCUCUAACAUGUUAUAUAACCAAGGCCGGAUCAAGACACAAGUGGUUGAAACAUUUGUCCAAGUCUCCAAAAAUUUUAGAGAUUUUUUUAUAUGGCAUAAGCUCCCAAAUUAUGAAAAUAAAAAUUCUUGUAAAAGUUUUUAAACAAAUGUUUCAAGUCCCAUAAGAUCCGGCCGUAGUUCUAAUGGAUUCUUUUAAAUAUAAAGUAAAAUAGAUAAAUGAUAUUUCUUAUAAAAGAGAAAAAAAAAAAGAUAAUCUCCAUUAUUAUUUCAGAACCAUUUUACAUUUGUAUUCUCUUUUGGAUUCUUUAUGUUUUCGUUAAUUCCGAAAUCUUUAUUUAUUUUUUUUCCAUAUCUAUCAAAAUCCGUGAUCCUCACGUUUCCAUGCUACAAAACCACUUAAAAGCCGUACCUUUCCCACCACUCAUGGACAAAAAUGGUUCAUGGAUUAAUGAAAACCUCCACGAAGCUACUAAACAUCUGCAUCGAUUCCCUCUGCAAAUCUCGAAACUUGCAGAAAGCAGAAUCAUUACUCAUAGACGGAAUCAGAGUAGGUGUCUUCCCCAACGUCAUCACUUACAACACCUUAAUCAACGGCUACUCUCGUUUCGUCGGCAUCGACGAAGCUUACGCCGUAACACAUCGUAUGAGAGAAGCCGGAAUCAAACCAGACGUCUCUACAUACAAUUCCCUCAUCUCUGGAGCUGCGAAACAGCUAUUGCUAACUCGCGCCCACCAACUGUUCGACGAAAUGCUUCGCUCAGGUUUAUCUCCAGAUAUGCGGAGUUACAACACUUUCAUGUCUCUCUACUUCAAGCUAGGGAGACACGGAGACGCGUUUCGGAUUCUGAACGAGGAUGUUCACCUCGCUGGGCUGUCUCCACGUGUUGACACUUACAACAUUCUUCUCGACGCGCUUUGCAAGAGUGGGCAUAUAGAUAAUGCUGUUGAGCUCUUUAAGUACAUAAAGAACCGGGUUAAACCUGAGCUCAUGACUUAUAACAUUCUCAUCAACGGGCUUUGUAAAUCAAGAAGAGUUAGCUCCGCGAAUUGGAUGCUGAGGGAGCUCGAGAGAGCAGGGUACGCUCCGAAUGCUGUUACAUACACAACAAUGCUAAAAAUGUAUUUUAAGAGCAAGAUGGUUGAGAAAGGGCUUAAGCUUUUCUUGAAAAUGAAGAACGAAGGGUAUACCUUUGACGGGUACGCGAGCUGUGCAGUUGUUAGUGCUUUGAUUAAGACAGGGAGAGCAGAGGAGGCAUAUCAAUGUAUGCAUGAGCUGGUGAGAAGCGGUAGACGAAGUGGGGACAUUGUUUCUUACAACACAUUGUUGAAUCUUUAUUUUAAAGAUGGGAACUUAGAUGCAGUGGAUGAUCUGUUGGAAGAGAUUGAGCGGAAAGGAUUGAAGCCUGAUGACUACACGCACACGAUUAUCGUCAAUGGUUUGUUGAGUAUAGGACAUACUGGAGGAGCUGAGAAGCAUUUGGCCUGUUUGGGAGAGAUGGGGAUGCAGCCUAGUGUCGUCACUUGUAACUGUUUGAUCGAUGGGUUGUGCAAAGCAGGUCAUGUAGACCGUGCCAUGAGGUUGUUUGCCUCGAUGGAGAUUAGAGAUGAGUAUACUUAUACUUCUGUUGUGCAUAAUCUAUGCAAAGAUGGGCGGCUUGUAUGCGCUUCGAAGCUGCUAUUGUUGUGUUACAAUAAAGGAAUGAAGAUUCCGUCAUCGGCUAGACGAGCUGUGUUGUCGGGUUUGCGGAUGACGGUAUCUUACCAGGCAGCGAGGAAGACGCAUCACAAAUUUAAAGCGGCUAUAAAGAGCAAUGCAAUAGCGGAUCCUUAAGACACUGAAAGGUACUAUAGAGAUUAGAGGAAAGUUCUUGAUCUAUUUAUACUAGAUUCUAGUUGAGAUUUGAGAAGUCACUCUUGGAGCUAGAGAGUCUUCUUUCGUCUGCAUCAAUGGAGUCCUAUCUUCAGACAUCUCAAGUUAUAGUGUAAACGUCUGAUUAAUUAGUCUUUUCAUAUCAACAUGUGGUGAAAAGUAUGUAAAGAUUCUUGUGUCGUCCUUACGUAAAGAUUCUUGUUUUUUCUCUCUUGUAAAUAUAACUAUUGGGUGGAUUUUGGCUGGAGAGAUGUAUUAGCUUAGGAUUGGUUUGAUUGAAAGAGAUAGCUUCUGUACAAGAUUCUAGCUAUGAACAGUUCAUAAACUCUAUGUAGGUUCAGCAACAUAUAUAUAUAUAUAUAUAAUGA